AUGACUUUAUCUAAGCAUAUUGACGCCGAAGUCCUUGAGACGGCACUCUUGAAGAAUGCUGUCAAGCUGAAGUUGACCAAAAGAGAAGAAUACAUCUCUCAGUACGACUCUGAAAAGUUGGUGCCCAAAUACGAAAUUCCACUGCACUCAUCUUCGGGUGAAUUGGUCUACAAAUACUUGCUGGAAGAAUUGACCUUGGACGGCAACCCCACGUUGAACCUUGCCUCGUUUGUAAACACUAGCUGUGACGACACCCAAUUGAAGUUAAUUACUGACAAUAUUGUCAAGAACUUGGCCGAUAACGACGAAUACCCUCUGCUUAUCGACUUCCAGCAAAGAUGUAUUAGCAUCUUGUCCAAUUUGUGGCAUGCUCCAACCAAAGUUGACUCCACGGGUAAAAAGGUAAUCAACUCAAUUGGAACAGCCACAACCGGCUCUUCUGAGGCUAUUAUGUUAGCUGGGUUGGCAUUGAAGAAGAGAUGGCAGGAAAAGAGAAAGGCUGCUGGUAAGCUGACAGAAAAUCCCAACAUCAUCAUGGCCAGUGUUGCCCAGGUUGCCUUGGAAAAGUUUGCCCGUUAUUUCGACGUCGAGGACAGACUUAUUCAUGUCAAUGAGGAAUCGGGUCACCUUAUCGAUAUCUCCAAAAUCAAAGAAGCCGUAGAUGAAAACACGAUCGGGAUCUUUGUGAUCCUUGGUUCGACUUUCACCGGUGCGUUCGAGCCUGUUGAGCAAAUCUCACACUUGCUUGACGAAAUUGAGAAGGAAAAGGGUCUUGAUGUAAGAAUCCAUGUCGAUGGUGCUUCAGGUGGGUUCGUAGCUCCGUUUGUCUAUCCCCACUUAAAGUGGGAUUUCCAGAUCCCCAGAGUUGAUUCCAUCAACACUUCUGGUCACAAGUUUGGUUUAACCACUGCUGGCUUGGGCUGGGUCAUUUGGAAGGACAGCGAAUUGUUGCCCAAGUCUCUCAAGUUCUCUUUAGACUACUUGGGAGGUGUAGAAGAGACGUUUGGUUUGAACUUCUCCAGAGCUGGUUUCCCAGUGGUUCUCCAGUACUACAAUUUCUUGACUUUGGGAAAAGAAGGAUACUCUAAGAUCUUCAACUCUUGUAUCUCCAAUGCAAGAUUGUUGUCCAACAUCUUGGAAAAAUCUGAGUAUUUUGAAGUGUUGUCUGUCAUCCACAAGGAAGUGAGUGACGAGAGAGCUGCUCAAGUGUAUACCAAGGUUCACCACGUCGAUAGCAAACAUACCAAGGAAGCUAUUCACAACGAGAAGUUUGAACCUGGUUUGCCAGUUGUAGCUUUCAGAUUCUCCAAGGAAUUGAGAGAAACCUACCCUGAGAUUCCCCAGGGUAUUUUCUCUACCUUGUUGAGAAACAAGGGCUACAUUGUUCCCAACUACCAUUUGCCUCCAGAUGAAGGAGAAAAGGAAAUCUUGAGAGUGGUUGUUCGUCAGUCGCUCAGCUUGAACCUCCUUGAGAAGUUGGUCAAGGACAGCAUUGAAGCUGUUGAGUUGUUGAUCAAGUCGUGCAAGGAUGUCCGUGACGUUAUCCACGCUAAACACACUACAGAAGAGGUGGACAAGGGUCUUGUCUACAGCUUGUUGUUGUCCAUCUCGUCCGGCGGAGUAGAAGACAAGAAGGAAAUCCAGCACGAGCAGCUUAAGCAGGCCAGUGUCAACCCCAAGCACAAGAGAAGGUACAGAGCUACGUGUUAG